AUGAAGUUUUCUCUUCCUCUUGUCCUUGCCCUCUUUGGUACCGCCCUUGCUGCGCCCAUUGAAGCUGAGGAGAAGCGCUCUGAGCAGCAAAACCCCGACAUUCUCUACAACAACCAGGCUGGAUGGGGAAAGCGCUCCGAGAAGCAAAAUCCUGACAUCCUCUACAAUAACCAGGCCGGUUGGGGAAAGCGUUCUGAGAAGCAGAACCCUGAUAUCCUCUACAACAACCAGGCUGGAUGGGGCAAAUAG